AUGUCGUAUAAAGUCAAUGAACGGGUGUUAUGCUUUCAUGGACCUUUGCUUUAUGAAGCUAAAAUUAUAGACACAGAAAAAAAGGAAGAUUCCUCAACCUACUUGAUUCACUAUAGAGGAUGGAAAAAUAGCUGGGAUGAGUGGGUCGGACCUGAUCGAAUACUAAAGUGGAAUGAAGAAAAUUUGAAAACCCAAAAGGAAUUAAAGAGUAAUGCUAUGGCAGCUAAACAAAAAUCUGCGGCGGCGAAAAAGGCAGCUUCUUUAAUUCCCAAGGGUGGUGAAGCUUCAGGUCAAGCCAGUAAACCUACAGGAAAACGGUCUCGGGAAUCUAGCGCUACUACGAUGGAUGGUGACUCUCGUGAAACACCUCAAAGAACGAAAACCCAAAAAUCAGCCUCACCGGUACCUCACGUUAUAAAAAACGAGGCGGUUUCUGAAGCUGCUGUAGACGCGGCAGUAAAGGCUGUUGAAGAAGAAUCUGUAGAUGAAGAACCUCCAUUACCUAAGCAUAAGAUCCGUGUGCCUGAUGUUUUGAAGCUUUGGUUGGUAGAUGAUUGGGAACAUAUCACAAAGCAUCUUCAGCUAAUAUCGUUGCCUCGAAAGCCUACUGUGCGAGCUGCCAUUGCUGCUUUCCGGGAAUCCAAAAUCUCUUCUUUGACGAACGAAAUUGAUGUUGAUGUGUUUGAGCAAGCAAUGGCUGGACUAGUUAUUUAUUUUAAUAAGUGCCUUGGAAACAUGCUACUUUAUCGUUUUGAAAGGCAGCAAUACAUGGAAGUUCGAAGAGACUAUCCUGGAGUUGAAAUGUGUGAUAUUUAUGGCGCUGAGCACCUGAUACGACUUUUUGUUAGUUUACCUGAAUUAAUUGACCAUACGAACAUGGACUCACAAUCGAUUGACUGCUUGUUAGGAUAUAUCGAGGAGUUUUUACAAUAUCUUGUACUGCAUAAGGAGGAGUAUUUUAUUAAUAAGUAUCAAGAUGCUUCCCCAAACUAUCGAUCCUUAAUCGGCGUUUAA